AAUAAUUUCCCAGACAUGACAGAUUCUGUAUAUUAUAUAUUGUUUCUAGUGUGUUUUUGCUGCUCCCAUUAUACACAAGCAAUAUGGAGAAUGAAAAACAUUGCCCUUCCACCCCACCACUACGCAAGCUUUGACACCAAGUAUCGCUCACCGAAUGAAAUAGAAUGGGAAUGGGUGGACCAUGAUAAUGUGCCGGCACCAAUCACAGCAUCUCAGGCUUGUGAAGUGGAGAAGGGAACGAAUAUUUCGGUGGCCCUGCAUUGCCAUGAUAAGGGAAAAUACACAGUCACUUCAUCUUGUUCCGAAUGCGAUGUUGAAAUUGAUCGGAAAAAAGUGGUAAAAGUUGUUGAUUCUCCGAGAUGUUUCUUUUGGAAAGUCAGUGUUCAGAAACAGAAUGAGAACUUUGUGUUACAGAUCUCUGUGUCAAAACUGCAAGCGUCCUACCAUGAUGAUCCCCAUUCUGCGUUUAUUCCCCAGUUGUUUCGAUCCAGAGGGGAAAGGCCUGUUCUUACUACUAUUGUUGGUCAUGAUGUUAGAAUUGCUGCAUCAAACUUCAAUGCUUCUGGUCGAUUCUGGGAAGUUACAAUUCAUGAAAGUGAGAUCUUAAAAUCUGAAUAUCUUUACAUUGAUUCAUAUUUCCACCUUGGCAUGCUUGGUUGUGUCAUAAUGCCAACUGUAGUGUUCGCCAAUCAAGAUGAAAAUGUUGCAAUUCAGGAUGAAUCCGGUCCCCUGCUUGAACCAGCCACAGAAAUUCAAUAUAAAACCUUCACGUGCAAGUGUAGGCCUCAUGUAACAGUGCUAGCUACCAAGAAUCAACUUCUACUUACUUUAAAUAAUUUUGUUACAUCCAGAAAAAUGAGAAUUGGUGGUAAUGUGGCCGCCAAACAUGGUGUUAUAGUAAGUGACAUAGGAGUAACAGCAAGAACACUUUAUAUUUUACUUGAUGGUCAUUUAUAUGGUGGGAGUAUCAUGGACAAUGUUUUGGAAUUAAAGGAAAUUUUAAUUCCCGGUUUGAUUGACAGUUUGAUCGGACUAGCUACUUCACCAAAUUGUUUAAUCAACGACCGACAAAGUCAAUACCUCACUCUUGAAAGUGACAUCAUAAUAACAUGGAGCAAAACAAAGAUUUAUUUCUUGGACCGAUUUUUGACGAAUAGAUGGGAGAAUUUAAAAAUGGAAGAUAAACAUUCAGGUUCUGAAAUUGAAAAACUCUCCCUGAGUGUUGUGCCUGGUAAUCUUGCUCUCACAUUGGUUGAUGAACAACAUAAAUAUCUUAUAAUAUGCAAGUUUAAGUAUGGCCCACAGGUCAACAAAACUAUGCAUUGUAAAGACUUUGGAUUUCUUCAACAUGUUUUAUCUACUGAUGGUUUAAACUUUGCAUUCAUAAGCACAGUCUACCACAGUCUAGUUCUAUGGGAUAAAACAAAUAUAUACUAUUUCUAUAACGAGGGUAGAGAUAAAGGAAACUUCACUGAAAUUAAUUCAAUCAAAUCUGUCAUUUUCAACCAUGACCACAGUCAAUGGUUGAUUCAAACUGAUGAUAAUGUGUUGUAUUAUGGGAGUGGUAGAAGCCAUAAGCAUACAAGGUUGGCAAGGGUGGAUGCUCGAAGUGAGCUGAAUGUGACGUAUGUAUUCGAUAGAGUGGAUGGACAAUGUUUGAGGAUUACAUGGGAUAGUGAUGCCACAAAGAAAGAGAAAUACCAACUGAGCCAGGAAUUAUAUUCAUCUGUUCAUGUUACUGAACCUAACCAAGCUGCUAUGUGCGAUUACAUUGAUAUUCAAACCACCCUAAAAACAUGGGGGAAUGUGAUUACUUUGGAACAAAAAACAGAUGUGACCUCAGUGAACCUCACUCUAAUUCACCCAACUUUCCUAAAAAUGCACAUCGAUAUUUUAUCCAAUGUUGACUCAAUUAUUAAACUUCCACCACCCAGUGUUGCCGUUAGCACGCACUAUCAUCCUGCUAUGCCACAGAUCUGUAUACAG